CACGAGCUGCUCGUCUUUUGAGAACUGAUAAUAUGCACGUCUCACAAUUUCAGAUUAACAUCAGGACAGCGGAUGUUUUCUCCAUCCAUCCGGAAACAUGAAGAGACAGAACGUUAGGACUUUGUCACUGGUAGUAUGCACCUUCACUUACUUGCUGAUCGGAGCUGCUGUUUUCGAUGCACUCGAAUCCGACACCGAAAGAAGACGGUGGGAAUUUUUAUCUGAGGUGAGGCGAAACAUGAUGAAGAAGUAUAACAUCACGCCUGAAGAUUACCGAAUGGUGGAGAUUGUGAUAAUCGAGAACAAACCUCACAAGGCUGGUCCGCAAUGGAAGUUUGCAGGCGCUUUUUACUUUGCAACGGUUGUGCUUGCUGUGAUUGGAUACGGUCAUUCGACCCCGGUGACGAUCGGAGGCAAAGCCUUUUGCAUGGCUUACGCGAUGGUGGGAAUCCCCUUGGGUCUCGUCAUGUUCCAAAGCAUCGGUGAACGUCUCAACAAGUUCGCAAGCGUUGUGAUCAGAAGAGCGAAGCGGUACUUGAAGUGCCAGAGGACUGAGGCUACAGAGAUGAACCUGAUGCUGGCUACAGGCAUGUUGUCCAGCAUCAUAAUCACCACUGGGGCUGCAGUCUUCUCGCGCUACGAGGGUUGGAGUUACUUCGACAGUUUUUACUACUGCUUCGUCACCCUGACCACUAUCGGCUUUGGGGACUACGUUGCGCUUCAGAAUGACCAAGCGCUGUCUAACAAACCGGGUUACGUCGCCUUGAGUUUGGUCUUCAUUUUGUUCGGCUUGGCCGUCGUUGCUGCGAGUAUAAACUUGCUGGUCCUUCGCUUCAUGACAAUGAACACCGAGGACGUCAGGAGGGAUGACAACGAGCUUCAAUCAGCCUCGCAUCACGUUCUAACCUUGGAUGGUGAGGUGGUGGCAGUUAACGGCAAGCUCUUGGCAGGUCGCGUGCCGAUGAUCCACGACACCGACGACUGCGUCAGUGUCUGCUCUUGCACUUGCCUGGGCACAACCAAUUCCGAGAUGCUUGACUCGUCGGGCUAUCAAGGAUACAGACCACCGUCUAUCACAGCCAGCCUCCGUGUUAAGAGGGCGUCUGUCUGAUGGAAGGAGUUUCAUCGCCGCAGCCUUUGACAUCGUUUCUCAAGAGUUGACAACCGCGAGCUUCUUGGUAUCAACGUUUAACUUCCUGCUUUGCGGUAUUGUCAUUUGGUUGAAGUACGCCCGGGAAAUAAAUGGGGAAACUUAAGGUGACGAGAGAUACGUUUUUACGGUGAGAAAUUGGCACAAUUGACCAAAAAAGCAUCGCUCGGUUCGUUCAUCUUCGACUCGCUAUUUCAGCGAAAAGUUUUGCAUCGU